UGUCCUUACACUUGCCUGAGGAAAAAAACAGUAAAUGUCACGAGCAGCGGCGCGCCUUCUGUCCUUUAAUGUUUGAGUUAUUCGUCACAUGCUAAGUUUCCACGUGUCAGAGCCAGUGCACGUUUUCACGCCGUAGUUUCACGUCUGUUGUCUUUGUCCGGUGGUCUUAAACGCAGUUAGUGAAGCUGUGGUGAUGGAGUGUCGUGUGUUGUCCAUUCAGAGUCAUGUUGUCAGGGGAUACGUUGGGAACAAGUCGGCAACAUUCCCGCUGCAGGUGCUGGGCUUUGAAGUGGACUCUAUCAACUCUGUCCAGUUCUCCAAUCACACAGGCUACGCCCACUGGAAGGGACAAGUACUGACAGCAGAGGAGCUGAAUGUGCUGUAUGAGGGUAUCAAGCUCAAUAAGGUGAAUCACUAUGACUACAUCCUCACAGGUUACAGCAGAGACACUUCCUUCUUAGAGAUGGUGGUUGACAUUAUUCAGGAACUAAAGAAAGCCAAUCCUAGCCUGGUAUAUGUUUGUGAUCCUGUCAUGGGAGACCACGGUGCUAUGUACGUACCAGAGAACCUGCUGCCAGUCUACAAGGACAAAGUAGUGCCUUUGGCCGACAUCCUCACUCCCAACCAGUUUGAAGCAGAGCUAUUAACUGGGAAGAAAAUUAACACAGAGGAAGAUGCUGUUGAGGUGAUGGACUUACUUCAUAAAAUGGGUCCAGAGACUGUGGUCCUCACUAGUACAGACCUGCCCUCAAAGCAGGGGGACCAGUUCCUGGUGGCCCUUGGGAGCCAAAAAAUAGUAAAACCAGAUGGGACCAACACCAGUCAGAAAAUCUGCAUGGACAUCCCCAAAGUGGAUGCUGUAUUUGUGGGGACAGGAGACCUGUUUGCUGCUAUGCUGCUAGCCUGGACUCACCAUCACCCUAAGGACCUAAAGGCUGCCUGUGAAAAGACUGUGUCAGUGAUGCACCACGUCAUAAAGAGGACAAUUACUUAUGCCAAUGAGAUUGCUGGUCCCGGAAAAAGGCCCAGUCCUGCACAACUGGAGCUGAGGAUGGUUCAGAGCAAGGCCGACAUUGAGAAUCCUGCAGUUGUAGUGGAAGCUAAGGUUUUACAAAAGUCCUCACACUGAUGGCACAGUGAUGUUUCCGGGAACAUUCAUGUCGCGCUGGUACAAAUCAGUUUCAGAUCUGGGCAGUCCGCCAGACACAUGUAGGAUUUUCACAUCAAAGACUGUCACAUGUCUCUGUCUCUGCUCAACUAUGUUUUCAAGAGAGGUCAGCAGGAUUUGUUGUAUGUACAUUCUGCUCUCAAACAUACUGGAAUCACUGCCAUGUGUCUGUACUAUGGCCGGGGUAGACAUCAUCUGCCCUUCAAAAGAAAAAAGGACAUUAGCCAAUAGUGUUUAGGUUUAAAGAUAGAAUAAGUGUACUUGAAUUGUACUUACUAUGGUGAAAAUUAUUACCUGCUAUAAAACAUUUCAUCUCAGUUAAGAUGAGUAGAAAAUACACAAAAGCCAGUGAUGCAUGCAUGACCAUGCCUCUACUUGUUUUGGCUUUGAUAACACUGUAGGUCUGACCUCAUCACGUGUACUUAAAGUGAGUUUGCAUUAUAAGCACAUCUGUAUACUGUCUAUAAUAUUAUCAAAAACAUAAUGUGUUAGGCCAGAAGUAACACAUAAUGCCAAAGCAAGGGUGUAAAUGGCAUCUGGUUAAGAUUUCAUAACAGUUAAAUCAGAUUCAAAGAGUAUUUUAUUGCAUUGUGACUUUUCUGAAAUGAUUAUAAUAUAAAGAUAUGAAUGCAUGCAGUGUGCUUAUAUUGCACUUGGGUGUUUAUUCACGCACUUUAAGUAAAAGUAAGUAACCUUACACAAUCAGAUUGGAUGCAUUAUAAGUGCUUAGAUAUAUAAGGUAGCUCCCAUCUAAAGCAGAUAGUAUGUAGUCCAUACAGUUUCAUCACACCAAUUUAUUUGACCUUGUUUUGUUUUAGAGAAAUUGUAACUUUACUGAUAAUCAUGAAAGUAGCUAAUGUUUAAAACUGUUCUUUUAAAAAAAGAUUGAAGAUGUCUUUCACCUCCUUUUUUAAUUAUGCAAUGAUUUCUUGAACAAGCAGAUGUGUAACAUGUUAGAUCCAUGUCUUAAACAUCUCAAAUUGAGGUAUUUGCACAGAUAAUCUUUAAUAUAUUUACUAAUGGUCAUUGUUUUCAUUUUUUCAUUUUUGACUUUUGUCAUAUCUCAAGAAAAGAGUUGGUUAUGAGAGACCAUGCUGUAUAAUAGCCUUAACGGGGUUAGGAAGAAAAAACAUUGGUUGUGAAUGUUUUUGUGUACCAAUGUAAUAGUAGAUCUUCACACAUAACGCUAGAGAGUCAAGUGCCAAACCUUGAGCUGCUGGUCUGAAAUAGAUCAAUAUAAGAACAGAAAUAAUAAAUUAUUAAUCUUUUACUAAAA